AUGUCGACAUUUAUAGGGAAAGGGGUGGAGGGUGCGUCAAAUACGGUUGCGGAAUUAGCAAGGAGAGUAAACAUACCAACGACGGAGUCCAGUCUACCGGGCCAGAUCGAAGCAAACACUGUCGAUCCGUGGACGGAGGCUGGAAAAUAUGCGCUGGGCUGGACAUACUUUUGCGCGGUGAUGGUGUUUCUGGUUUCUGCAACGCGUGUAUACCACUGGUGGACAGACAAGAUGAGACAGGCGCUGUACAAAACAGAGGUGCAAAAGCACAUGCUGGCCUAUUCGCCAGAGUCGGAAUAUGCCAUGAGCAAUAUGGAAACAAGUAACACGGUUGAUCAGCUCUUCCCGCGCGAGAUUGAGAAGCCAAUUCGACCGGACUAUCAAUCGUCUGCCUCUUCGAUAAACUUCAUCAAUGAUACGCUGGCGUUAUUUCGAUGGAUCUUUUAUCGCCCGAUUCCAGAAAUCAACUAUUAUAAGAAGAAGCGCCUUAGCUUUCCCUCCUUGGCAGUGGUGGGCAUAAUAUUUAUCGCAUUGGCCUUCGUUGCUCUCUACUGCUUCCUACCACAGCCACUGUACUGGCAAAGCAUGGCUUUCGGCUCCCCUCCCGUUGCUAUCCGAGCCGGGAUGCUGGCUGUGGCCAUGACUCCAUGGAUUGUGGCUUCAUCCAUGAAAGCGAAUCUGAUAACGAUGUUAACGGGUAUUAGCCACGAGAGGCUAAAUGUGUUGCAUAGAUGGGGCGGAUAUCUAUGCUUGUUCCUCGCACUCGUGCACACAGUGCCGUUUUACAUGCAGGCAGCCAGCGAUAGCAAGGGCUAUGAACAGUUCCAACUCCUGUUUCCAAAUACCAGUGGAUACAUCUUCGGAACGGGAAUCGCCUGUCUCGCACCUCUAGGAUGGCUUUGCAUCGGGUCCCUGCCAUUUCUGCGCAGCAUGGCGUACGAGUUAUUCCUCGUUCUCCACAUACCAGUCUCAGUAGCCUAUGUCGGCUUGCUAUUCUGGCAUUGCCGCAACUUUCUCACGUCUUGGAGUUAUCUCUACGCCACCGUUGCGAUCUGGGCACUCUCUUAUUUCAUCCGAGCGUUCAAUUUGAACUGGAUGAACCCGAGGAGGCUAUCAUUCCUCGUCGGCGAUGAAGCGGCUGUCCAACUGAUGGCUGAGAAUGCGAUCAAGGUCACUAUACCCACGCAGAUGAAGUGGCGCCCAGGCCAAUUCGUAUACCUGCGAAUGCCCGGAAUCUCCGUUUUCGACAACCAUCCAUUCACAAUUUCGUCUCUGUGCAGUGAAGAUUUCCCCUCUGAUUACGGCGAGUUGUACCGAGAUUGCACUGUAGUUUUCCGUCCAUUCGGUGGUUUUACUCGCAAAGUGCUCGAGACGGCAACCGAGAAGGGCCCGUUCCAGACGUAUCGAGCAUACCUUGAUGGGCCAUACGGUGGAAUGCAAAGAGAGCUUGCAGCUUUUGAGACGGUCGUUUUGAUUGGAGGCGGAAGUGGUAUUACAGCAAUUGUCUCACAGCUCUUGAAUCUCAUCAAAAGAAUGAGAGAUGGAAAGGCGGUGACCCUUAAGAUCGAAGUUAUCUGGGCGUUGAAGAGGCUUGAGGCGAUGGAUUGGUUCCGAGAGGAACUUCGCAUCUGCCGCGAGUUUGCACCGCCGGACACAGUAACUUGCCAGUUUUUCGUGACUGCCGCUGUAAGGCAGAGCAGGAUACAAGGGUUCAGCGAGCGCGCGCCAAGGCCUCUCAGUAAUAUGUUCCACGACAAGCUAGACGGCUUUGUGGCGGGUAUUGCGUCGAAGAGGAAUUCGGCGCUGAUCCGAGACGAGGCACAGGGUGAUCCAGAGAGAGAACGAGAAUUGAGAGAGGAAGACCAGGAUGCUAUUACGGCCUUACCGCGCCAAAAACACCUACAGCCGACCGUCUUCCCACCACCUCCAAAACAAAGUUACAAUGGCGCCCCAGCCGAUCCGGGCUCUGCACGAAGGGCAUCACUUAGAGCCCUAGAAGGCCGCAGAGAAAGCUCGGACGAUGACCACUCCGCCACACGAAACUACCUCUCGCCGAACUCAUCAAGGCUCAGCAGCAACCGCGAAUUCCACUUCCCCCCUCCAUCUCCCGGCCGCAAUGCACCACACUUCCAAUACGCCCCGCCAUCUCCCAAUAGGGCCUCUUUCUCUCCCCAGCUAUCCGAUGGGCCCCAAUCACACCAAUCAACCCCCUCGCAAGGCUCUGGCGCCUUCCCUCCCCCACCACCACCCGCACACGUCCGCACCGGCAAAUCCCUCGACCUCUCUAUCACCAUCCCCUCAACCGGCGCACCCGCCCCCUCUGCAGCUGCAGACUUCGACUUCGGCUUCCCGAGCACACCAACCGAGUUCCAGAAGAACUUGAUGCGCUUCGCCUUCGUGAACCCGCUCAAGAAGAAGGAGGGUUGGUCGACUGAGUAUGGUCGCCCGGACUUGGCGUAUAUGCUCAAGGAGAUGGCGACGGGUGGUGCGGAUGGACGUGGUAUCCUGGGGAGAAGGACGUGCGUGUUUGUGUGUGGACCGCCGGCUAUGCGUAUUGAUGUCGCGAAUGCGGUGGCGGGGCUGCAGGCGGAUAUCUGGGGAGAUGAUAGUAAGGAUGAGAUUUUCUUGCAUACGGAGAAUUAUGCGAUAUAG